AAAAUUUAAUUGAAUGUAAUACAACAAGAACAGGUUAUUUUGUCAAUUCAACAUUUACCUCUAUUGGUGAUAGUGGAAUCGAUUUAUUUGAAUUUUCUGCAGUAUUGGCAAAACAAGCAGAAAAUAAUGUAAUCGAAAAAAUCAAAGCAACACAUUUAAAAUUAGAAAAUGAUGAGUUGCAAAAAAAUUCAUUCGAAUUAAAUGAUUUGGUGAUCGAAAAUUUUGAAAUCGAUUCUGACAAAUCUACUGUAUAUUUGUUUGGUAUAAAAAUUAAUGGAAAAUGUAAAAUUGGAAAAAUGAGAAUUGAACGUA